UUGCAGAAACCCAGAAAGAUAAACGAUCUACUUUAAAUUCAGUUUUGUCUUCGUAAAGUUGUGAUGAUAAAAAUGCCUUGCAAUGUUUCGUCUUUCUGAAAUGUCAAACAACAAAUUUAAAAUUUCUUUAAAAUAGAUCACAUUAAACAAUCUAUCUCAAAUUCCACUUUAACCUUGCAUAAUUAUUAUUAUUAUGUUUGUUUUGCUGAAAUGUCAUGUAGUGUCAACAUAAAGCUUCUUGAAAAAAGAUUUCAAUACUGUUUGUCCAAGUUGUAAGAAUAAAUCAGUUUAUUAUUAUUUGUAUUAAUUAAUAAACUGUUUUCAGAUAAUCUGGAUAUGUUGCUGGUGCAAGUUGUACUCGUUUGAAGAAAUGGCCAUUGGCAGUUAGGCCUAAACAAGAACACAUAUUUGAAAUUUCGAAAAUAAAAUGGACCCUGAAAGUAAACCUAACAACAUCAGCAAUGAUACCGAGAUAAGACUUUCUGACACCAAGGAUUCCAAGGAAGACAGUGAAGAGCAAUCUAGAAAGGUGCAGUCGAAUUCGCCAGAGGAUCCAAACGUCUCGAGAAAUGUGGACAGUUCUAGUAGUGUUACAUCCAGGAGCGGUGUUACUUUAAAAGAUGCUAGUCACGUAAUUGAACUUGAUGAUAAUAUUAUUUGUGGAGCUAUGCAAAAUGAACAACAACAAGCGAGCGAGCCUAUGGAGCUCUCCACAGAGAAUGAGAUCAAGACUAAUAAGUGUGAUAAGACUAACAAUGUGUUGAAGGAGAUUUUGUAUGCUACUAGUUGCAAUUCGAUCGAUUUGGAGGCAACUACCUCGCAGGAUAACAGUCCAUCUUCUUCUUGUAUCAAUGAGCCGAAUACGUUGCACUCAGAGAAUAAAAUCAAGAGAAGUAUCUCAAAGGGUCAGGGACACACUGGUAGCGGCACGUCGUUAGACAGAACGGAUGACAGCUCGGACGAGGAUUCGAGUAAGCGACUAAAAUUGAAUAAAAAUGCACGUGACGCUAGUAAUGCUAAAAACGUAAAUGAUGACACGGUGACGUUUCAAAGAAACAAAUCAAAAGCGAAACAGCGAAAUUAUCGCAAGAGGCGAAACGUAAUGAGUGACAAUGAAGACAGCUCCGGAAACACCUUAUCUAAUGAGGCAAUGAGGGAAGCUGGUAUUCUUGACGUGGAUGAAGAAAAUGUUGCAUCUGCCAGUACUAGAGAUGAAUCAGCCCAAAAUGAGGUGUCAAACAGAAGUUCAGGAACUCAUAGAGCGGGAUCAGAGACACCUAAUGACGAAUCUGAUCGAUACAAAGAUGAGAGAGGCGAGUCGAAUGAAUGGAGAGCGAGUAACGAUGACGAAUGGGAUGAAGAGGAAGAAGAUGAGGAUGAGGACGAAGAUAUACCUCAUUGCCUGAAGAUUGAGAAGCCACCACCUAAUUGGCGUAUAGUGCCAGAAGUGCUGAAUCGUCAAAUAGGUAGCAAUCCUAUGUUUCAAAGCAGAUUCUAUGGGUCUCUACAUGCGGUAGAGCGGCUCGAGCUUAUGUAUCAUUUGACCGAGCAUCAGGGUUGCGUGAAUGCCUUAAACUUCAAUCAAAAAGGAAACUUGUUAGCGAGUGCCUCUGACGAUUUAGCAGUUAUUAUUUGGGACUGGGCCCUAGGGAAAAAACGUCACGGGUUUAUGAGCGGUCAUACAAGCAAUAUGUUUCAAGCCAAGUGGUUGCCAUUAGAUGUGGAAUAUCUUAUGGUUACUUGUGCCAGAGAUGGACAAGUACGUUUAUUAGAUCUUAUACAUGACAAAUCGAAGAAAUUGGCGGCGCAUCGUGGACCAUCACACAAAUUGGCUGUGCAUCCUGAAACACCUCAAGUAGUUUUUUCUGCUGGAGAAGACGCAAGGGUAUUUGCUAUAGAUAUUCGAGAGAGCAAACCAAACAAAUUACUUUUAGUAAAGGAAAAUACAUCAGAGGUGCAAUUGUUCAGUAUACAUUCUAAUCCUUUUAAUAGUAAUGAAUUUUGUGUUGGCGGUCGCUCUCAUUUCGUGAGAGUGUACGAUCGACGAAAAGUUGCGACACCGCUUUAUAAAUUGUGUCCCGAUCAUUUGACAGGAAAUAAGCACGCGCACGUAACGUGCGCUGUAUAUAAUCACAAUGGAACCGAGAUUCUUGCAUCGUAUAAUGACGAGGAUAUAUAUCUAUUUGACAGAUUAAUGUCGUCAAACGUGUCGUGCGUAGAUUAUGCUCACAGAUAUCAGGGUCAUAGAAAUAGUGCAACUGUAAAGGGAGUCAAUUUCUUCGGACCUAAAAGCGAAUAUGUUAUAUCUGGAUCCGAUUGCGGUAACAUAUUUAUUUGGGAUAAAAAUACGGAAGCUGUUGUUCAGUGGAUGGCAGGAGAUAAGCAAGGAGUUGUAAAUUGUUUGGAAGGACACCCGCAUAUUCCAAUUCUUGCAACAAGUGGAUUGGAUUACGAUGUUAAAAUUUGGGUGCCUUCUUGUGGAGAACCUCCGACAAUGAAAUCAUUCGCAAAUUGUGUCAAAUCCAAUGCAAGAAACAGGAAGCAAGAAAAUGUGCCUGAUUCAUUCGAUGGCCAAUUACUUUGGAUUUUACUAAGACAUAUUCGUCACAGAGAGAGAGUACGUAAUCUUUAUACACGUUACGGAUUUGAGGGCCCAAAUCGAGAUGAAAAUGAUGAUGAUGAAGAUUAUCACUUCGAUUCCUCGAGGGACAGUUCCUCUGAUGACAGUGAUAAUCAAUCGGAAGGUGAUGACGUUAGAAGAAUACAGUGCCCUCCAUCUUAAAGUUGUUUAACGUAAUUUGAUAUUAUGAGGGGGAGUUAUAUAGCGUUCAAGGCAUUCAUAUUAGUCGUUUCAUGAUAAUAAAUUCUACUGGAUUAAUGUGUCAAUAGCUUUAUAUAGUGGAGUGUAUAGCAGGGGACUGCAACGUAUCAAUUAAACUUCGUAUUCUAGUUGCGAUUGAUCUUUUUUAUCAGCUGGAAAUAAUCGGUAGUGUGAACUACACACAAGUAGUUUACAGUUGUAUUGUAAUUUUUGAAUAUAUGUAUGUUGAAAUGAAAGAUAAAGGCUAUGUUUUGAUAAGAUGUAUGGCAACCGAUGGAAAGAAGAGAAAUGGGAGAAACUUAUUUCAUAAUAAGUUGCAACCACAAUUAUAAAGCCGGAAGAAAUGCAUAAAAUUUGUCAGCAUUUGUUAUAAUUAACAUUACCUCUGUUCAUUGUAAAUUUUCUUAUUUAUACGUAUAUUUAAUAUAACGUUAAAAAUCACGCUUUUUGAUUUAGGAUUAAUUUGUUAUUUUAAAAAGUGAUGUAAUAGUAAAAUAUAUUAUAAAUUUGUCA